CGCAGAGAAUCCACUGCGGCAUCCAUGUCUCAUUGUAUCUGCUUCAAAUACCGAGGUUUUGUGUUUUUGCAAUUGCUGUUGUCGAUCCACGACACACGAGACUGGUGAAAUCCAUCUGGCGGGUUCUAUAACAGAUCCGCCGGCGGUUCUAGUCAGAUCUUUCGUUCUCAUAUACUUCAGGACAAGCCCAUUCCUUUGUCAGCUCAAGUCAUUCUUCAGUCAACCCUCCUAGCCAUAUCAAUCGGUAAUGCGUAUCCAGCUAAAAAGAUGGAUACUUUCGACAAGCCUCCCGCUAUCGCUAUACUCGGUGCUGGCAUUGCAGGUCUGGGUCUUGCCAUCGGCCUAAUCAAGCGCGGAGUGCCGGUGGUGAUAUACGAGGCAGCCCCUGCCUUCUCUGUGCUUGGUGCUGGAAUUGGCUUUGGACCCAACACCUUGAACGCCAUAGACCUCAUCGACCCGCGAUUCCGCGAGGAGUACAACAGGGCCAAAACCUCAAAUGAGAAAGCAGAAUUCGAGCACAGUGUCUUUGAUGCCCUCUAUGCGGAGGAGGGGUUCGGUGAGAAAAGAGGGUGGACCCGUGGUCUCAUUGGCGCACCUUACUUCACAAGAAGCAGUGCCCACCGGAAGGAUCUCCUCGACAUUAUGAAGAGCUUCAUACCCAAGGGCACCGUCAAAUUCGGCAAACGUGCGGAGUCGAUUGAGCAGGUUGGGAGGAAAGCUGUCGUCACCUUUCGAGACGGGGAAGUGCUGGAAGUUGACGCCGUCAUUGGCUGCGACGGAGUUAAGGGCAUUACAAGACGAGUCGUAUUGCGAGACAUCGCGCCCGAAGAAAUCCCACCGACAUAUUCAGGCAUGUACACCUACCGUGGCGUAAUCCCAAUGGAAAAAACGAAAGAAAUCCUCGGAAAGCACGCAGGAGACGCCAAAUGGUUUAUGAUGAAGGAAAAGGGCAUUGCCAUAUAUCCCAUCUCCAAGGGCAAAGAGGAGAAUUUUGUUUUCUUCGUGGCAGAUCACGACAAGUGGACCCAUGGAGACUGCCCUGUGCCUUGCACGAAAGAGGAGAUGCUCGAAGACCUGGACAACUUCGACCCCCGGUUGCUGAAACUACUCGACUGGGCGAAGCCCCUCAAAUGGCCGACUUGGCAUCACCCAAAGACCUCUACAUACUACAAGGGGCAAAUAUGUAUGCUAGGAGACGUUGCCCACGCCUCCAGCCCACACCAAGCUGCGGGGGCUGGCCAGGGACUGGAAGAUGUUGCAGUACUUGCCCACCUGCUGCCCUUGGUCAAAUCCCCAGAUCAAUUCGAGCUGGCGUUCCAAGUGUACGACUCAAUCCGGCGACCAAGGGCCCAAAAGGUGGUAACGACGAGUUACGAAGCUGGUAUCAUGUACACUUGGCGUAAUCCCGAGAUCGGUGACGACAUGAACAAGAUCGUCGAGAAUGCGAACCAGAGGCUACACUGGAUCUGGCAACACGAUAUCAGGACCGACCUCACGAAGGCCGAGGACGGCUUUUCUCGGUUAGUGGCGGCCAGGCAGAACGGGGGACUUCCGAUUAAUAACGACAUGAAGACUAUGUCGGUAGUGGAAACCAAGGAGUUGGCAACUUCGAUUGCCUGACUGGAGUAAAAUGAGCACUACGAAGAUAUGACCCCAUUGACAUUAUUGCAUAUGCUCUGUUUCUGUACCAAGAGAUUCCAAGCAGCUCAUGUGGAAGGUUUAUGCGAUGAAUAUGACAUGAUGAACAUUUCGCGAGGCGAAUUCAUGCCGUACAAAGGCACUUGGAUGACACAGGGCAUAACUACGUACCUUACGUUAGUUUAGUACACAGGAAUAUCGGCUAUCCCAC